GGGGCGGGGUUCCCGAGUUCCGGCCUGGGCGCUGUCCGCGGUGCUGAGCGCCCUCAGGGGCGCGCGGGGCCGGGGCGCCAUGGGGAAUCGCAGUGCCACGGAUGCUGGAGAGCUGUUGGCGGGGCGCGGGCCCGAUGCGGACAGAGGUGCGGGGGCGCCGGCGGGGCUGGCGGGGCCGGGGGCGGCGGCGGCGCUGGUGGGGGGCGUGCUGCUCAUUGGCGCGGUGCUCGCGGGGAACUCGCUGGUGUGCGUGAGCGUGGCGGCCGAGCGCGCCCUGCAGACUCCCACCAACUACUUCAUUUUGAGCCUGGCGGCCGCGGACCUGCUCCUCGCCCUGCUCGUGCUGCCGCUCUUCGUCUACUCCGAGGUCCAGGGUGGCGUGUGGCGGCUGAGCCCCGGCCUCUGCGACACGCUCAUGGCCAUGGACGUCAUGCUGUGCACCGCCUCCAUCUUCAACCUGUGCGCCAUCAGCGUGGACAGGUUCGUGGCCGUGGCCGUGCCCCUGAGCUACAACCGCCAGGGCCGGGGCGGGCGUCAGCUGCUGCUCAUCGGCGCCACGUGGCUACUGUCGGCAGCGGUGGCCGCGCCCGUGCUGUGCGGCCUCAACGACGCGCGCGGCCGCGACCCCGCCGUGUGCCGCCUGGAGGACCGGGACUACGUGGUCUACUCGUCCCUGUGCUCCUUCUUCCUGCCCUGCCCGCUCAUGCUGCUGCUCUACUGGGCCACGUUCCGGGGCCUGCGGCGCUGGCAGGCCGCGCGCCGCACGAAACUGCGCUGCCGCGCGCCCCGCCGGCCCAGCGGCCCCGGCCCACCGCCGCCCCCUGCCGACGCCGGCCCGGCCCAGCCCCCGCCGCCGGCCCCAAGGAGGCGCGCCGAGAUCCCCGGCCGGGAGCGCAAGGCCAUGAGGGUCCUGCCCAUGGUGGUCGGGGCCUUCCUGGUCUGCUGGACGCCCUUCUUCGUGGUGCACAUCACGCGGGCCCUGUGUCCCGCCUGCGUGGUGCCCCCGCGGCUGGUCAGCGCCGUCACCUGGCUGGGCUACCUUAACAGCGCCCUGAACCCGGUCAUCUACACGGCCUUCAACGCCGAGUUCCGCGGCGUCUUCCGCAAGGCCCUGCGCCGCUGCCGCUGCGGCUGUCGCUGCCGCCGCUGAGCAGAGGCCCCACCCCGCCGCCCCUUGGAGGGGGGUGAUAGCCCCACCUAUCCAGUGGAUUCCGCCCUAAGUACCCACGCAGAAGGUUCCGAGGGGGCACGGGGA